AUGGAGCCCUUUUCAUUCGCGAGCUCCGACUCUUUGGACUACCCCGUUAGCAUCCGCAUAUUCAACUUGGAAGGCGACGAGACUCCUUUCUUAUACUCAACUCUUCUCGACCGACCAGAACUGCGCCAUGUAGGCUCCAAUGCGAGCACACACUCCGAUCUCUACGUAACCGUCCAGGUAUGGGCUGGUUCCAAGCCCCUCACAGUUCCUGUACAGACCUCCUACAAAGCCUUUAAGAAAGAGCGAAAGUGGGACGAGUGGCUCACGCUUCCUAUUAAAUACUCUACAUUACCGAUCAACUCCCACCUUGCCAUAACGAUAUGGGACUUGUCACCCACAGGAGGGAAGAAUGCCCAGGGACACGCCAUACCAUUCGGAGGGACAACGCUGGCACUCUUUGACCAAGACAAUCAGCUCCAAAAGGGUCGACAAAAGUGCCAGGUUCACCGCCACAAGCUCGCAGAUGGCAACGAUAGCACGAGUACCCCGGCUAUCUUUCCAAAGAAGCGAAACGCAAGGAAGGGUGAUGUACCCACGGUGGACCAGGACGCGGAGGAGAUCGAGAAGUUGGAGAAACUUCUGAAGAAACACGAGAUGGGAGAAAUCCCCCGAGUUGAAUGGUUGGACCAGCUUGUAUAUCGAGCCUUCGAGAAACGCAACGAUCAAGCCUCAAAGAACACAAUAAAGACACUACAGCGGCAGCGUGCGCAGGCUGUAUUGAAUGGAAAUGCUGACGCCCCGAACGGAGCAGCUCACAACGGCGAAGUAGAUGGCGUUGAUGAAAGCCCUGGCCCGUCGAAAUUCGUGCUCAAUGUUGAGCUCCCGCGAUUCGACUUCCCGGUUGUCUUCGCAGACCACGAAUACCCGCCGCCUCCGGUCUCAUCUAUGCAGCAUCUCUCGGCAUCACAGUCAAACAUUGUCCUCAAACCGCCUCCGGAAGUCCAGUUCGGCCCUGGUAUCAAUGGCCCGGGAGACUCUGAUGGUGUUGGUGGGCGUCUUGUUAGGGUGUAUGAUCCAGAGGCUGGAGCCAGGGACAAUCCGGCAGAAAGCAAACACAGGCGGCUUGUCAGAAGUCAGCACCGCCACGGAAUUCUUGACAAGGACUUGAAGCCUAAUGCGAAAGUGCGCGACGAGUUGAACACAAUCAUGUCGUACUCGCCCACACACGUAUUAUCGCCAGAGGAGAAAGAUCUGAUAUGGAAGUUCCGCUAUCAUUUGACACGCGACAAGAAGGCUUUGACAAAAUUUGUUAAAUCGGUGAACUGGCAAGACCAGAGCGAGUCAAAACAAGCUGUCCAGGUCUUGGGCAGAUGGACCGAGAUCGAGGUUGACGAUGCGCUGGAGCUUCUAGGUCCGACCUUCGAUCAUCCUGCGGUGAGAGCCUACGCUGUCGAACGGCUGCGCAAAGCAGAUGAUCAAGAGCUUGAGCUAUAUCUUUUACAACUAGUUCAGGCCCUGAAAUUCGAGAGGAUAUCCACAGAAACAAGUCAAGAAGACGUACAUGACUCUUCCCUAGCUCGUUUUCUGAUAUCCAGGGCGGCAGCCAAUUUCAGGCUCGGCAACUUCUUCUACUGGUAUUUGAUGGUUGAGUGCGAUGACACAAGCCAGGACCAGGGGGAGGAAUAUCGCACAAUUUACCGGAAAGUGGCAUACGAUUUCAUGGCUGAGCUGGUCAAACUACCCGACGGUGCCGAGAAGCGGAAAUCGCUCUUACGCCAGGCCGAAUGGAUCGCAAUCUUGUCAAAGAUUUCAGGAGAAGUCAAAUUAUCACGCGAAAGUAUUCCACGCAAAACAGAGCGUGUGAAGCAUUUCGUUGCAGACCCCAAGAACGAGUUGCUGACCAUAGAACCUCCCUUACCACUACCUCUAGAUCCAGAUAUUCUGAUCACUGGAGUGGUGCCCGAGGAGACUAUCGUUUUCAAGUCGUCUUUGAGUCCUAUUAAGAUGGCCUUCAAGACCACGAAAGGAAAGAAGUACCCAAUUAUCUUCAAGACAGGCGAUGAUCUCCGGCAAGAUCAACUCGUCAUUCAAAUCAUCAAGCUGAUGGACAGGCUCCUGCAGAAGGAAAACCUUGAUCUCAAGUUGACGCCUUAUGGGGUUCUAGCCACAAGUACAAGUGCUGGGCUGUCAGAGUUCAUCCCGUCUGCCAGCUUCCAGGCCAUCUCAAACAAGCACAAAGCCAACCCAGUGCUGGCAUAUUUGAAGCACAACAACCCAGCCAAGGGCGACGAUGCGCCAAUGGGGCUACAGAAGGAGACGAUGGACACAUUCGUCAAAUCAUGUGCUGGCUACAGUGUGAUUACAUAUAUACUGGGUGUUGGUGACCGACACCUGGACAACCUGCUCCUGACACCAAAUGGUCACUUCUUCCAUGCCGACUUUGGAUUCAUCCUUGGUCGCGACCCCAAACCGUUCGCACCGCUCAUGAAGCUGUCCAAGGAGAUGGUGGAUUGUAUGGGUGGAACCAAUUCAGAGCAGUACAGGCAGUUUAAGCAGUUCUGUUUCCUUGCUUACACCGCUCUUCGAAAGUCGAGCAAUCUCAUCCUAAACUUGUUCAGCCUGAUGGUAGACGCCAAUAUUCCGGAUAUCAAGCUGGAGCCGGACAAGGCAGUGUUGAAGGUGAGGGAGAGGUUCCAGCUGGAACUCACCGAGGAGAAUGCGCUGCGGCAUCUCGAGCGAGUUAUUGAUGACAGCCUCAACUCUUAUGCUCCUGUCGUCAUUGAUCGUCUGCACGAGUUUGUUCAAGCUUUUAGAGCCUGA